AUGGAGGAUCCUGCAACGAUUGGACAUCCUGUUGCAAUGCAAAAGUUCUUUGCUGACACUGAUAUUUUCUUGUUUUGGUCUUAUGGUAAUGCCGUCGAUAUUACUGGACAAACUGUCACUGAGCUUGCAGUCAAAGCUGUUGAAAAUAUGGGGGUAGAAGUUCAGAAUGUGGUUCUACAACGGCGAUUUAAGUACUUCCCACAUGUUGGCAGCCAAGAUAUGAAGGAUGGAUUUUAUGAGAGGCUGGAAACUGAACUACAGGGUCGGAGGAAAACUUACUAUGUUGGUGGACUUAUGGCAUUUGAGCUCACAGAGAGGAAUUCAUCCUAUUCCAUGGCUCUAAUCUGCAAGCACUUCGCGAAUGAUAAUUCUUUGCCAGAGCUUACAUAUGUUAAGAGUUUGUUCCCCUUGCAAUCAGAUAACUGGCAUAAGAAAUUCAAAGAAUUGGGAGAAGUGCCGGGUGUGGAGUUCCCUCAUCUGUCUACUCUUGAUGGUUACUUGAAGCACUGGGGAACUCAUGGAGUUACUAGAAGCAAAACACUCUAUUCUUGGAUUAAUGAAGAAGGCGCAGUAGUGAGCCAGAGGACUUAUGCAGAACUUCAUGUUAAUGCUUCUUGCAUUGCGAACGAGCUCUUGUCAAGCCGGAGACCAGUUAUCAAGCCUGGAGACAGAGUUCUCCUAGUUUAUGUCCCUGGUCUAGAUUUUGUUGAUGCAUUCUUUGGAUGCUUAAGAGCUAAAGUUUUACCAGUUCCAGUUCUUCCUCCAGAUCCCUGGCAAAGAGGUGGACAAGCAUUGUUAAAGAUCGAAAACAUUGCAAAAUCAUGCGAGGCCAAGGCGAUUUUAUCAACUGUUGUUUAUCACUCAGCGGUUCGAGCAGGAUUUGUGAAGAAUCUGGUUUCAUUGACAGGAAAAAAUGGCAAAGCAACAGCGCGCUGGCCUAAUCUUCCUUGGCUGCACACUGAUUCUUGGAUCAAGAAUUCUGAUAACUUGAUUCCAAAAAUUAUAGCUGAUUUAUCUGAACCUCAGCCAGAUGAUCUUUGUUUUCUGCAGUUCACAUCAGGGUCAACUGGCGAUGCUAAAGGAGUAAUGAUAACUCAUGGUGGCCUGAUUCAUAAUGUGAAGUUGAUGCAAAGGCGAUACAAGAGCACCUCAAAAACAGUACUUGUCAGCUGGCUUCCUCAGUACCAUGACAUGGGGCUGAUUGGGGGACUGUUUACAGCUUUAGUUAGUGGAGGUUCAGCAAUAUUGUUUUCUCCAAUGACAUUCAUCAAGAACCCCCUCUUAUGGCUUGAAACCAUGAGCAAAUACCGGGCUACUCACAGCGCUGGCCCUAACUUUGCUUUCGAGUUGAUGAUCCGAAGACUCGAUUCUGAGAAGAACAAGGCUCGGAACUAUGACCUUUCUUCAAUGGUUUUCCUUAUGGUUGCUGCUGAACCAGUGAGGCAGAUAACACUGAAAAAGUUCAUUGGAUUGACUAGUCCUUUCGGCCUUUCUCAAGAGGUGAUGGCUCCAGGCUAUGGCUUGGCAGAAAAUUGUGUUUUUGUCAGCUGUGCAUAUGGGCAAGGAAAGCCAAUUUUUGUUGAUUGGCAGGGAAGAGUUUGUUGUGGCUAUGUGGAUCCAAAUGAUGAAGAUGUUGACAUCAGAAUAGUCGAUGCGGAGAGUAGUGAGGAGCUCAGAGAACCUGGAAAAGAGGGAGAAAUAUGGAUUAGUAGCCCCAGUUCUGGAAUUGGUUAUUGGGGGAGAGAAGAUGCCAGCCAGAAGACUUUUGGAAAUGAAAUUCAGAAUCACCCUGGAAGAAAAUAUACCAGAACUGGAGACCUUGGAAGAAUUAUUGAUGGAAAGUUGUUUAUCACUGGAAGAAUCAAGGAUCUUAUCAUUGUAGCAGGAAGGAAUAUUUACUCUGCUGAUGUUGAAAAGACUGUGGAGAGCUCAUCUGAACAUCUGCGCCCGGGUUGUUGUGCUGUCAUUGGUGUUCCGGAGGAAGUCCUAUCAACAAAAGGUAUUUCAGUUCCAGAUAGUUCUGACCAGGUUGGCCUAGUUGUGAUUGCUGAGGUUAGAGAUGGUAAACCUGUUGAUAAGGAUGUCACUGAACAAAUUAGAACCCGAGUUGCAGAAGAACACGGUGUUACUGUUGCUUCUAUCAAGCUGAUCAAACCCAGGACUAUAAGUAAAACAACGUCAGGGAAGAUCAAGAGAUUUGAAUGCCUCAAACAGUUUGUUGAUGGAAGUCUGAACACAGUCCCCGAACCACUUUUUUCGAAGAAAAAAUUGGUCCGAUCAUUCACUACUGGAACAUGUAAAGAAGGCAGAACACCAAGACCUCAGCUUGUGAGUUCUCCAGUGUCAGGACCUAAACUGACUAACAAAGAUAUUGUGGAGUUUCUGAAAGGACUAGUUUCCGAGCAGACAGGGAUUCCUAUCAUAAAAAUCUCUGCCACAGAAAGCCUGGUAUCUUAUGGAAUUGAUUCGAUUGGCGUCGUUAGAGCUGCUCAAAAACUUUCUGAUUUUCUUGGAGUGCCGGUUGGAGCAAGAAUCUUGUAA